AGGCUUCCCCGCAACCCUGCUUCCCGACCAAAAAUUGUGGAUUCCAUUCAACCAUUGCAACCGCCCAUUGUUACAGUCAGAGGUGGGUCACGCAGUCUUGUUUGCAACGACAUUUAUUCCUGUCAUUUCAUUUGUCCCGUUCCGUAGGCAUCACUAUAGUUUCUGCACUUUUGUCAUCAAUGUUUUUUUUGAAGGCACAGAACCAAGUUGCCCCACCUGCUUCCUCCUCAAUCAAAGAGGGUGAAAAUCCCUCCUGAACCAAUGCUUUUUCAAAAGCCUCUUUGGAAGCACACUCAAACUGAGGUCGAUAGUUUCUUCCGUACACGCCAAACAAACACCCCUGUUGGUCCGACAAAAGCUUCCAAACUCUCCGUAGUACAAUGCGCAAAUUCUCUUUGGUUUCUAGGCAAUGCAGGAACUUGCCGGCAUACACGGCGUUGAACAGAGGGAGGGCCGCACUAUUGCUCAUAUUCAAAGAACCCAUCUUCUGUUGCUGCGCAUUAAUAAUGAUUUCUUGGUCUUUUUGUUGCUGUUGCUUUUGUCUUUGAAGAGCCAACUGGAUUGGCUUUAUUAUGUCAUCAUCAUCUUCCUCAGCCUGCUUCCCCGCAGAGACAUCAGCCGCCAGGAAUGUGACCAUGGGAUAUCCCAAAAGUGAUCCUUUCUCUUGGUCUUCUUUGAAGCGUGCUACUGUUGUCACAACUCUGUCUGGUUCUUCCCCAAACAUUUCACACCCCAGCUUGAGAUACAGCUCCGAUCGAUCGACUGCCACCAAGUGAGUCGCAAAACCAUCCAAGAGCAUGCGGCGUCCAUCGGCUGCCAAGCCACAGCCCAAAUCCAGAACACAAAAGUCGGAUGGCUCGAGAGAAUUAUUUCUCCAAGCCAAGAGCGACUUGUAAGAGGGAUGAAAAGACACGGUCGGAAGAAGAAAUCCUCCCGUCUCGAGACAGCGAUAUUCGGCCGCUCCAAAAUCAUUGGUCGCUGCAGCAGCCGCCACUCUUCGCGUCCUUUGUAAGACUUUGUCAUGACUCGGUUUGCUGGCAUCUUGCUCUUUCACCUGCUGCGACAGGAACUCAUGGUAGUCUUGCACCAAGUCGACAGAUCCUUGAGGAAUAUCUACAAUCGAGUUCUUUCGUUGCCAGGAGACAGUAUCAUCAUCAGUUGUUGAGGUCGCUCUCAUGGUCAGGUGAACUCCUGACUUCUGUGCGAGUGCAUGGCGAAUGGCGAAGGCUCAUUUUUGUUGCCAUGACUGCCGGUGCGACACGGAUCUUUUGGAUCUUUUGUCCAAAUUUUCCAAUGCUUUUCUCUUCUGGCUUCUGCUUCUGGCCACACUAUCUUUCCAUUUCACACCCCUCUAUCAAUACCAAUGAAAUAAUAAUAGACACCAAAGAUGACGGGCCUCAGGGUAGGAAUCCUUGGCUGUGCCGGUAUUGCCAAGAAGAAUACUAUCGCAAUUCUGCACAAAGAAUCCGGAUGUUCUGUUAAGGCGGUAGCAUCGCGAAGUCCGGAGAAGGCGCAAGCCUUUGUCCAGGAAAUGUUCACAAGCACGGCCGCACCCAUUUGUUUGAGUUAUGAAGAAUUGGUUCAUUGCGAGAUGGUCCAGGCUAUCUACAUUCCACUGCCCACGGCAUUUCACAAGGAAUGGGCCAUCAAAGCCCUCCAAGCAGGAAAGCACGUGCUAUUGGAAAAGCCAGCCGCUCUCUCACUCCAGGAGUACCAAGAAAUGCUGACCGUGGCGUAUAAACACAACAAAUUUUUGCUCGAUGGAACCAUGUUUGUGCAUCAUCCAAGAACCAGCAAGUUUGUCCAGGAUUGUCAAGACACCUCUCAAAUAGGAACAAUCACUCGCAUCGAAGCCGGUUUUUCCUUUUGUGGCGAUGACGACUUUCAUCGAGGAAACAUUCGAGUCAAAAAAGAUGGCGAUCCUCUGGGAUGUGUUGGAGAUCUUGGAUGGUAUGUCAUCCGCAUGGCCCUGCUAGUCACGGACAUGGCGUCGGUAGCAUCUGUGCAAGUCACAGAUUAUCAACUCAACGACGAAGGGGUGCCGAUCGAUGUUACCUGCCUCAUCAAGUUCCAAAAUAAGGUGAUAUUGGCCUUUCAUUCCGCAUUUACAUCUCAAUUCCGACAAUAUGUUCAUGUCGUCGGGACAAAAGGAUGGGCAUUCAUAGACGAUUGGGUUCUGCCAAAAAAGGCUCCUCUUCAGUAUCAAGUCCAAUCCAUGUCCUUGACCAAAUACGAUUUGAUCACAGAACAUCCUUGUAAGGUGGAGACGUUUCCGGACGGUCCAGUCCAGGAAGUACUCCUGUGGAAAACCUUUGCUCGGCUCUCCAAGUCGAUUGACAAAAAUAGCGCGUCAGAGGGCUGGGACAAAGAUGACAAAAAUCCAGCAAUAAUAGAAGCACGGAAAUGGGCAGAGAUUUCGUCCACCAAUCAGCAGGUCGUAGAUGCAAUCAUGCUCAGCGUCCAAAGAGAUGGUGCCAAAGUGCAACUGUGACUUUCGUGCUACAUGCACUAGUGGCAGCUGCACCAAAAAGGCAUUCGAUUGAAUCGUUCCUUUUCUUGGUGCUUCUGCAUGCUCCGAAUCACGUAUUUCAAUAUGUGGCCGAGUGCUAGCUAGGUCUGCAGUCGACACUCGUACUCGCCCCAAUCCUAGCUAAUAUGAUUUAUUUUUCAACC